AUUAAUUCAUAAAGCGAUAAGCAUAAAUGCCUAAUAAAUUAAUGUGCGAUUGUAUUCAAAUAACUGUUCGCUUGAUAAAAAAUAUUCAUCCGUUAGUCCAAAAAUAUGGUGGGUCAGCGUUUAUCGACAAUCGUGUCGACGACCGCAAAAUUGCCAAAAUGCGACAUCGUCCCUAAAAAGUACACAGGCCCGUCCAUAAACGAGUUGAGCAAAACAAGACGGGAGCAUUUGAAUCCCAGCAUAAAAACUUACUACAGCAAGCCGUUGGCGAUUCAUCAGGGCCACCGACAAUGGCUGUUUGAUUUGGAGGGAAAACGUUAUCUUGAUAUGUUCGGCGGAAUUUGUACGGUUUCGGUGGGUCACGCGCAUCCCAAAAUUUCGGAGGCGGUUACAAAACAGCUUAACACCCUUGGCCAUUGCUCGAAUGUUUAUUACCACGAAAAGAUACACGAAUAUUCCAAGAGAUUAGCUGAAAAAUUACCUGGCGAUUUGAACGUAAUCUACUUCGUGAACAGCGGAUCAGAGGCUAAUGAUUUGGCCAUUCUGUUAGCCCGAUGCUAUACGGAAAAAAAUAGCGUAAUGUCUUUGAAAAACUGCUACCACGGAAUGACUUACCAAACGAUGGCUCUGACUUCCAAUUCCUGUUAUAAAUAUCCAGUAACGCAAAAUCCCGGAUUCUACACCACCAUGAACCCUGACGUAUACCGGGGACUUUGGGGUGGCAACAACUGUAGAGAUAGUCCGGUACAGACAGACAGACAAUGCGCUUGCACGGAUGAAUGUCAAGCAGGGAUAAAAUAUUUCGAACAAUUUGUUUCCGAGUUGGAAUGUAACGUGCCGAGAUCGGGCCUGGCGGCGUUUUUUGCAGAAUCAAUACAGGGUGUUGGAGGAGCGGUUCAGUUCCCUAAGAACUACAUCCGAAAAGUGUACGGAGCGGUCAAGGAAACCGGCUGCGUUUUUGUCUCCGACGAGGUUCAGGCGGGUUUCGGCAGGACGGGUGAACACUUUUGGGGUUUCGAAUCCCAUGGGAUCAAGCCGGAUAUCGUCACUAUGGCCAAAGGAAUCGGAAACGGAUUCCCUUUGGCUGCGGUAGCGACCACGACAGAGGUAGCAGAAGCACUUACGAAGGCUGAUCACUUCAAUACUUUCGGAGGUAACCCCGUAUCGUGUACAGUGGGAUUGACAGUUUUAGAGAUCAUAGAAGAGGAAAGCUUGCAAUUAAACAGUCAUAGAGUGGGAACGCAUCUGCUCUUGGAACUGUCUAAGCUGAGGGACGAGUUUUCCUACGUCGGUGAUGUUCGGGGAAAGGGCCUUAUGGUAGGAGUCGAACUGGUGCAGGAUAAGGGUAGUAGGAAGCCGAUAGAAGCCGUGAAAUUUCUGCGACUGUGGGAGAUAUGUAGGGAACAAGGGUUGAUUGUCGGAAAAGGUGGUCUCUAUGGCAAUGUCUUAAGAUUAAAGCCUCCAAUGUGUAUCACCCAAGAAGAUGCGGAUUUUGCGGUAGAAGUAUUGAAAAACGCAUUAAGUGAAAUUUCUAAUUCAUAAAUAACUCUCAUGUUUUGAAAAUACAUUCCUUUAAAAGGCAACACAUACUGGUUGAUAUUUUUUUUUAUUAAGUUGGACAGUAUAUAAAUGUGAUUUGUGAAAUGUGAAAUUGCUUCCUGAGUUUUAUUCUUGUUUCAUUUUAAGGCUAUUCAUUUUUAUUUCUAUCUUGUAUAUGCAUGGAGUCUUAAUACUUACGUUCCUUGAAUAACCUAACCCUUCCUUCUCUCAUUACUAAAAAUGCACUUAUGGUAGUAAAUUGACUAUUACUUUGGCUGAUUUUAAUCAGUAAUUAUUUUUAUUGGUUCAGAUCUAUUUU